AUGGCGGCAGCGGUUGCAGAUCUGACGGUGACGGCGGAGAAUGUGGGCGCGUCGGGCGAGUCGAAGGUGCUUCAGGCCAUUCGGCACGCCAUCAAGGACAUGGUGGUGAGGGGAGCGCCGGCGAUCGCCAUCGCAGCAGCGCUGGCGCUGGCAGUGGAGGUGCACCAGCACAGCGUGUUCGAGUCCGCGGAUGCCGCUGUGAAGCACAUCACCGACCGCCUUGACUACCUCGUGUCCAGCCGCCCCACGGCAGUGAACCUAUCAGACGCGGCAGAGAAGAUCAAACAGGACCAUAUGCGCUCACGUGUUCCCCUUGACGCGGCAGAGAAGCUCAAGAGGGUGGCGGAGGAGGCAGCCAAGGAGGAACCCACGCCCGAGGCGGUUGUACUGGUGAGCCGAGGUAGUGCUGGUGAGCUCAGGCGAUCGCUGGCAGCGGAGGCGAUGCUGAGUGAUGACGUGGCUCUCCGCUUUGACCUCACCCUUCAUCUCCCUGCCGGUCUGCCAACCACCCCUCUGGGCCAACCAACCCCCCGGGCCCACCCACCCCCCACCACAGGCAACAAAACCAUCCCCAUCCUGAACCAUCCCCAUCCUGAACCAUCCCCAUCCCGACCACCAUUCUUGCCCCGCACAGCCACGCCACUGCUGGCUAUGGACAGUGCUGGAGUGAUGACCUCCCUCCCACGUGCAGGGCCAGUUGGAAACAAUGGUGGACGCGCCCAUACAACCAGGGCUCGCCCCUCACAUCUCCUUCCUUCCACCCCUCACUUCCUUGCACACAGCGGCCCACGACACGGCUCUAGGCGUCAUUCGCUUCCUCCACGCCCAGGGCUCUCACCUCACAUGCAUUUUCCCGCUCUCACUCCCACGCCUUCCCUUACCACUCUCGCAGCCUGGCCACUGCAGUCUGCAGCCUACCUAUGGCACAGCACUGGGAGUGGAUCGUUCCCUACAUGCGCUGGAAACAACUCCUGGCCACUGCAGCCUACGGCCACUGCCCUGGGAGUGAUCCGCCCGCUGCACGUGCAGGGCCUGCUGGAAACGGCAUUGUGCACGGAUGACAUUCGUUACCCUGUCUUCUCCCUGUUUCCCUCCCUCUCACAGCCUUGCAACAGUACGGCCUACGGCACAGCCUUGGGCGGCUCGAGGCUGACGGCGUUUGAGCUGACUCACGACGGCAUCCCGCGGCUGCUCAUUGCUGACUCUGCUGCCGCCUCGCUCAAGGCUGCUGGCCGCAUCGACGCUGUUGUUGCACCACAAGACGCCCUUCUUUGUGUCUGCGCCGCUGACCCCCUCUCUACCCCCCAUCUCUCGAACCCCCACCUCUCCACUCAACCUCUAGGCGACACGGCAAACAAGAUCGGCACGUACUCCCUGGCUCUAUCGGCCUUCCACCACAAGACGCCCUUCUUCGUGGCGGCGCCACUCACGUCCAUCGAUGCGGCGAUCAAGACGGGGGAGGAGAUCGUGGUGGAGGAGCGGCACUCUGCUGAGCUCACGCACUCGCUGGGAGGCGCCGGCCCGCAGGGCGUCAUCUGGAAGAAAGAAGGCGCAUCAGUCUUUGACAUCCGCGGGUUCCUCCACUCCCUCGGCGCCCCCGUGCCCUCCUCACCCAUGUACCCACCGCCCGCCAACAACCCUCACACCAAGGAGGACGAUGCGCACCCGCACACGGACCCGCACAAGGACCGCAUCCGCAAAGACGCUCUGGAAGCCUCCCGCUUCACGCCCGUCAGCGAGCACACCGUGCCUGCCUUCCUCCAGGACCACCCGGACCUCGCCGCCAGGCUCGGCGGCGGCCCGGCGGAGUGGUCCGUGCGGGAGGUGGGGGACGGGAACAUCAACUUCGUGUAUAUUGUCGAAGGGCCGGGAGGGGCCUUAGUGGUGAAGCAGGCGCUGCCGUACGUGCGAGUGGUGGGGGAAUCCUGGCCCAUGACUCUAGAUAGGAUUUACUACGAGGCGCUGGCGCUGCGGCAGCAGUUUGCAUGGGUGCCUGAGCUGGUGCCUGAGGUGUAUUUCUUUAGUCACCCGAUGGCGCUGCUGGUGAUGCGGUAUGUGGCGCCGCCCGCGAUUGUGCUGCGGAAGGGGCUGGUGCAGGGGCGCGUGUACCCGCGGCUGGCGGAGCACAUGUCGUCGUUCCUCGCCAGCACGCUGUUCCUGUCGUCACUCAUCGCCAUCAACACCGAGGUCUACCGCGACAAAGUGCGGGAGUUCUGUGGCAACGUGGAGAUGUGUCGGCUGACGGAGCAGGUGAUCUUCACUGAGCCCUACGUGCUCGCCACCAACAACCGCUGGACCACCCCCCAGCUCGACGCAGAUGCAGCGGCGUUGAGGGAGGAUGUGCCGCUGAAGCUCGCCAUCACCGAGCUCAAGAGCAAGUUCUGUGAGCGCGCACAGGCGCUGCUGCAUGCGGAUCUGCACACAGGCUCAGUCAUGGUCACGGAGGAAUCAACGGUCGUGAUCGACCCGGAAUUUGCGUUCUACGGUCCGAUGGGCUUUGACAUCGGGGCCUUCCUGGGCAACCUGCUGCUGGCCUACUUCAGUCAGGACGGCCACGCCACCGCUGAUGACUCCCGUGCUGCGGCCAAGAAGUGGCUCCUGCAGUGCGUCACGGAGACGUGGCAGAAGUUUGAGGCCAAGUUCCUGGCGCUGUGGAACGACAAGGCACUGGCCAAGGGAGACGCGUACCCGCAGGCACUGUACCACGACAAUGCUGCGCUGCUCUCCGCCGCCCAGACCGCCUUCCUGCGCGAGGUCUUCCUGGACUCGCUGGGAUUCGCCGGGGCCAAGAUGAUCAGGCGCAUUGUUGGCAUCGCGCAUGUGGAGGAUCUGGAGUCCAUUGCCGACCCUGAUGUGAGGGCAGCUUGCGAGCGCAGGGCUCUCAACUUCGGCAAGCACCUCGUCAAGGAAAGGCACCAGUUUAAGAGCAUUGCGGAUGUGGCUGCAGCUGUGGAGGCAAUAGUAUAG